CCCUCGUCCGUUGAUCGUGUUGACAUCCCAUCGCCGCUCGACCGGCACUAUCUUCUCAUCAAAACAGGCCGCGCGCGAGCAGGCUAUUUGACCUCCUCCGUUACCUGCCACAGCGAACAUCCUGUGGCCUAACGAAGCGCGUCCUCCUCUCGGCGCGUCUCUGUAUUCGCCUCCACCCCUCCGUCCACCCUCCCCCUUCCUUCCGCCCACUCGCUCGUCAUGCACCUCCUAAACCUCACGCUUCAGCCCGCUUCGGCGGCGACGUCUGCCGUUGUCGGCAGCUUUAGCGGCAAGGGGCAGGAGAUCAUCGUGGUGCGCGGCUCGACACGGCUAGAGGUCCUCAAGCUCAAUCCUUCGACUGGCGUCUUGGAUUCAAUCUGCAGCUCCGAAGCCUUCGGAACGGUGCGCAACCUCUCUGCGGUCCGCUUGGCGGGGAUGACGAAGGACUACAUUGUGCUGUCGUCUGACUCGGGACGAUUGUCCAUCAUCGAGCUGGUCAUCCACCCCACCCCACACUUCGAGAGCUUGUAUCAGGAGGUGUACGGCAAGUCGGGGAGUCGGCGAACGAUUCCGGGGCAGUUCCUCGCUGCGGACCCCAAAGGCCGUGCGGUCAUGUACGGCGCGGUGGAGAAGGCCAAGCUCGUGUACAUCUUGAACCGGAACGCCGAGGGCAAGCUGUUUCCCGGCUCGCCGCUCGAGGCGCACAAGGCGCACACGAUUGUGACCUCGCUCGUGUCCUUGGACACGGGGUACGACAACCCGAUGUUUGCGGCGCUGGAGAUCGACUACUCGGACGCAGACCAGGACCCGACAGGCGAGGCGAUGCGGCGGACAGAGAAGCACCUUACGUUCUACGAGCUCGACCUCGGUCUCAACCACGUCGUGCGCAAGUGGAGCGAACCGUGCGACCGCCGCGCCAACCUCCUCGUCCAGGUGCCCGGCGGGCAGAACGCCAACACGGACCGAUUCGACGGGCCAUCAGGCGUCCUCGUGUGCGCCGAGGACCAUAUCACAUGGCAGCACAUGGACGCCGAGGCGCACCGCGUGCCGAUCCCGCGGAGGAGGAAUCCGCUUGCGCAGCGCGGCGAGAGUAGCCGCGGCCUCAUGAUCGUCAGCGCGAUCACGCACAAGAUCCGUGGCGCAUUCUUCUUCCUCGUCCAGAGCGAGGACGGCGACCUGUACAAGGUCACGAUCGAGCAUGAGGGCGAGGAUGUCAAGGCGCUCAAGAUCAAGUACUUUGACACGGUGCCCGUGGCGACCAGCUUGUGUAUCCUCAAGUCAGGAUAUCUGUUCGUGGCGAGCGAGUUUGGCGACCAGAACCUUUACCAGUUCCAGAGCUUGGCGGACGACGACGACGAGCAGGAGUGGUCCUCGACAGACUACCGCGACAACGGUGUCGGCGAGGGUCCGCUUCCGUACGCGUUCUUCAACCCCCGGCCACUGGUCAACCUGCUUAUGGUCGACACGCAGACCUCGCUCGACCCUAUCUUGGAUGCACAGGUCGUCAACCUCCUCGGUGGCGCCAGCGACACGCCGCAGAUCUACGCCGCAUGCGGCCGCGGUCCGCGCAGCACCUUCCGGUCUCUCAAGCAUGGGUUGGACGUCAACGUCCUCGUGUCCUCUGGGUUGCCAGGCGUGCCAAACGCGGUGUGGACACUCAAGCUGUCGGAGGAGGAUGAGUACGACUCGUACAUCGUGCUCUCGUUCCCCAACGGUACGCUGGUGCUGUCCAUUGGGGAGACCAUCGAGGAGGUGAACGACACGGGCUUCCUUAGCUCCGGGCCAACACUCGCUGUGCAGCAGCUCGGGUCUAACGGGCUGCUGCAGGUCCACCCGUACGGUCUGCGCCACAUCCGCGCAUCCGACCGCGUGGAUGAGUGGCCGUGCCCUCCCGGAACGACGAUUGUGUCCGCGACAACAAACACGCGCCAGGUCGUCAUUGCGCUCAGCACGGCCGAGCUCGUAUACUUUGAGCUGGACGACGAAGGCUCGCUCAGCGAGUACCAGGAGAAGAAGAGCCUGCCGGGCAACGCGACGUGUGUGUCGAUCGCCGACGUGCCCGAGGGUCGGAAGCGCACGGCCUUCCUCGCCGUCGGGUGUGACAACCAGACCGUGCACGUCAUCUCGCUCGAGCCGGAUAGCACGUUUGAGACGCUGUCGCUGCAGGCGUUGACAGCGCCGCCGAGCGACAUCUGCCUUGCAGAGAUCUUUGAUACAUCGAUCGACAAGAACCGCGCGACAACAUUUAUGACGAUCGGUCUUGUCAACGGUGUGCUGCUCCGCACAGUCGUCGACCCCGUCGACGGUUCGCUGUCCGACACUCGCCUCCGCUUCAUCGGCGCCAAGCCGCCUCGCAUCGUCCGCUCGAACGUGCAGGGCAGCCCAUGCGUCAUGGCAUUCUCAUCGCGCACAUGGCUCCUGUACACCUUCCAGGACUUGCUACAGACCCAGCCCCUCAUCUACGACACACUCGAGUACGCCUGCCACCUCAGUGCUGCCAUGUGCCCCGACGGGCUCAUCGGCAUCUCGGGCAACACUCUGCGCAUCUUCACGAUUCCCCGCCUGGGCACCAAGCUUAAGCAGGACUCCAUGCCCUUGUCAUACACGCCCCGCCACUUCGUGUCGUACCCUUACGCACCAGUGUUCUACGGCAUCGAGGCUGACCACCGUACAUAUGGCCCGAAGGCGAUCGAGCGCAUCGUCGCCACCAAGGAGGCGGCAGGCGACCGAGUGAACAAGGAGGUUCUGGAGUUACCGUUCACAGAGUUUGGCCGUCCACGCGCCGGACCAGGCCACUGGGCAUCGUGCAUCCGCGUGAUGGACCCGCUGGCCGUGUCAACGCUACAGACGAUCGAGCUGGACGAGGAUGAGGCAGCCUUCUCGCUCGCUGUGUGCUACUUUGAGCGCAUGGGCGGGCGACCAUCGCUCGUGGUCGGCACCGGCGUGCGGACGACGCUCGUGCCGAAGACCUGCGCGGAAGGUUGGCUGCGCGUGUACUCGAUAGAGGACGACGGCAAACGCCUCGAGUUCAUGCACAAGACGAAGACGGACGACCUCCCGCUCGCCGUUGCCGCGUUCCAGGGCUUCCUCCUCGCGGGCAUCGGCAAGAGCCUGCGCCUGUACGAGAUGGGCAAGAAGGCGCUGCUGCGCAAGUGCGAGAACAACGGCUUCCCGACCGGCAUCGCGAGCAUCCACGUCCUCGGCUCGCGCAUUAUCGUUGGCGACGCGCAGGAGUCGGCCUUCUUCUGCGUGUACCGCACCAUCCCGACGCGCCAGCUCCUCAUCUUCGCGGACGACAGUCAGCCGCGCUGGCUCACGGCCAUAUGCAGCGUCGACUACGACACGGUGGCUGCCGCCGACAAGUUUGGCAACGUGUUCGUCAACCGCCUCGAGGAGCGCGUGUCGGAGAAGGUCGACGACGACCCGACCGGCGCAGGCAUCCUGCACGAGAAGGGCUUCCUCAUGGGCGCGGCGCACAAGACGGACCUCAUUGCGCACUACAACGUCGGCUCAAUUGUCACCAGCCUCACCAAGGUCUCGGUCGCGCCCGGAGGACGUGAUGUCGUCAUGUACACCACAAUCUCGGGCGCAGUCGGCGCGCUGGUUCCGUUUGUAUCCAACGACGACGUCGAGUUCAUGACGACGCUCGAGAUGCACAUCCGCUCGCUCAACACGUCGCUGGUCGGGCGCGACCACCUCGCGUACCGCGGAUACUAUGCGCCGGUCAAGGGUGUGGUUGACGGCGACCUGUGCGAGAGCUUCAACCUCCUCCCGUACCCACAGCAGCAAGCGAUCGCGGCGGACCUGGACCGCAACGUUGGUGAGGUGCUCAAAAAGCUUGAGCAGUUAAGGACAAGCAGUGUGUUCUAGUAGAAUGUAGACGGGUAGUUGAUCAGCGGGAUUGGUAUGUUCCAAGACCAUGCGUUAUGGUGGCGACUCGAUGAUCGACGAGCAUCCCUCGGCUCGGCUCGUCGCUCGGCAUAUUCGAAUCUAUAAGAAGUUGCGUUCCAGAUCAUUCACCGUGCCGCCGGCAUCAUCCUGCGAUCUGCUCCAACCGUGCAACGGGGCGAAGCAUGCAGUCCGAAUGUGUAGGC